AUGCACACGCCUCUGUCGGUGCGCCAUCGCAUCGGCCCCGAUACGUUCUCCCGUAGAGCGGUGACGGGCCGGCUGGGUCUCGAGGCCUACCACUACGAGCCCUCGUGUCGUGUGUCGCAUCACACGAACACGACCUUUAUUCCGAACCGCGUAGAGCACACAUUACAACAUCGGCGGUCGGGUCACGUUCCACGUUCGUCG